AAGAUUUAACACAGCGCAGACCGAAGCUGGCGGCCACAGUCGUGUCCUGGAUUGUAACAGAGAAAGAGAGCAGCCCUCCUGCAGCCCGUAAGCCCACCGCCAUGGACGUCAAACUGCUGGCACUGCUGGCUCUGCUGGCCGUGGCCACACAAGUGCCGACCUCCAACGCAAAGCCCAUCAGUCUGGUUGAGCGUUGCUGGUGUCGCUCCACUCUCAACACUGUUCCUCAGCGCUCCAUCAAAGAGCUCAAGUUUCUCCACACGCCCAACUGCCCCUUCCAAGUCAUUGCAAAGCUGAAGAGCAACAGGGAGGUUUGCAUCAACCCUGAGACCAAAUGGCUGCAGCAGUACUUAAAGAAUGCCAUUAACAAGGUGAAGAAAUCUAGAAGACGCACUAACAAGACAAACUAAACACAAGGGGAGUCACGAAUGCCGUCCAGCCUGGUAUUCCCGGGUCAAACCCCUGUACCUCCCCUGCUAUGGAUGAAUGUACACACGCUGUAUGUACCUGUCCAACUUUCUGGACUGCUUGCAGAACCUGCACUCCAUCCCGAGCACCAACACUCCCUCAAGAUUCCACUUGUUUCCCAACCUCCCUCAUCCGGCAACAAAUGUUAGCACCAAGUGCAAUUUCACCUUGGAAUGACGGACACACGUUGAUGUCAAAAAUAUGUGCUGAGUACUGAGUGAAUGGCGUGACAAAGAGUAUGUGUGUGUGUGUGUGUGUGUGUGUGUGUGUGAGAAUGUUGCAUACAUGAACACUGAUUGUGUGCCUGUAUAUAAUAUUUUCUUGCAUCACACAGCUAUAAGGGAACAGUUCUAGCUCUCGUACAAGACUUUGUGAGUAAUGCCACCAUCAUUUCACGUCAGAUUAAUUUUUAAUAAAAGUUGCUGACUGAGGAAAAAAUAUUCACAUCAACGUCCUCAGAAGAAUUGCAGUUGGGACUUUGUUGCCAAUUCCUGUUCUGUUAUAACAAAUGCGGUUUGGAAAAGAAAUGUUGAAAUUUCAGACACCAAAGAAAAUUUUUCCAGGUCAUGUUCAUGUGACUUUAUAUUGUUCUACUCAUUGUUUUAAUGUAUAUAUAUUACUCAAAUAAGGAAUUUUUGGAUGUGGGAUUUCCAAACCUGAAUGCAGAAGGCUUGUUCUGAUUUGAGGUGAUAGUGGCAUUGCUCUGAGAGCAAAGGGUCAUGGGAUAGAUUCAGGGAAUGGCCAGUUGGGCAAACCAUCCACAAGCUUUGGCUAACUGUAACACAGCAGAGCACCCUACCACAGCUCUGGCAUCAUCUUUGAGCUUGAUGCAGGAACAGAGAGGAAGCUCACACAAACUACUAAGAAGCGCGCACUGAUCUUAUGGUGCUAUUUGUUCAGUAUAAAGGGUCAGAGCCAUUGACAUAACAGUUUUUUAGUGUUCAUUUUAUGUUAGAUUUAAGAUUAUGACCCUCAGUGUUUUAAAUAAAACGCAGUAUGUUCUGAUCUUAAGGCUUAAAGCGCUGUUGUUGGGAGUGAAAAAUGAAAUGGAAAGCUAUUAUUAGCUGAUUUUAAGGCCAUACUUUACUGAUAAAGACUACAAAGAAAUAAAACACUUAUCAAUGCAGCUUUUUUUUUUCACUGAUUGAACAUAUUAGUGAAGAGAGACCAAAUAUUUAUGCACCAUCAAGAAACACGAGCCACAAAUCACAACUUUCUAUUUCAUGGAUUUUUAGGUAAAGCAGGUAGCAGGUCAUUACAAUUCAUAACAGUUUACACUUUGACAACAUAAGUAGUUACCUGCAGUGCUUUCAUAUACCAACACCUGUCCUUAGUAGGAAUGAAAAGCUACUAAACUGUCACAAAUCGCCGAAAGAUAAAUGCCUCACAGGGAAUGUUCACAGUGGCAAAGAGAACAGUUUUAAUUACCAGUUUUUAUAUACGUGUGAGCCACUUUAUGAUCAUUUUUUUUAACAUAAUUGCUUUAUUUUUAUAUUGAGUAUAAUCUUGCAAACUGUUUUUGUAAUGCAAUGUACAGCAGGCAGAAACUACUAAAUGAAGGUCAUUCAUUAAAGAGCUAGAAACAGUAUCUGACUUCAUUUUUGAGGAUUCAUGCAAUAUUUCACAUAUAUGUAAAAGUCUGUUAUGCACAGUAUGCAACACAUAUACAUUACUAUUACUAGCAUUUUCUUUAGAUUAUAGAUUAUGAUCAAACUAAAUGUUGUUCUGAGUUUGUUCAUAUUGUUUCCUUAUCAGUCUCAGAUGCAGAAAGUGUGACUUAAAUCAAAUUCAGUCCAACCUGCAGUGAUUGAAAGCAAAAGCCAUUGUCGCUGUGUUGCACGUGUCAGGAAACUAUUCAGCGCAGCCCACCAGUUGUCCCCAUCAACCACAUGAUUUGAGGAUUUUUUUUAAGUUUUACUUAAGUUGAUGUAUGAUAUGUCAAAAGAACUGCUGGGCCCAAAACAGAAUAAAGACUCUGAGUUUAGAUCCAAGAGGCCAGCAUGUGCUUUCAAUCUGGACACUCCCAGCACCCCACAGGCUUUCUUUUCAGUUUCACUAAACUGCUGCCAUGCCGCGAAACUGUUUUGUUUUGUUUUGUUUUCUCCCAGAAAAUCAUUAUGGAAGUCCAAGUGCUUGUGGUCACUGUUAUUGUCAGUGUUUUGUUUUAUAUGGUCUACUUACUGAAUGGCAGGUUAUGGUGAUAAUCUUAUCAAUUUGGAGCUAAUGGUGCAGCAGUCCUGUAAGUGUAAUUCACUUCUCGUGACUGUAAUGGCCAAGAAUCUUAUAUAAUUAUACUGAUUUGUGUAAACACAUUGCUUAAUAAGCUAAAAGUGGGCUAUUUUCCAAACACACUGAUAGACAAAGAUAAAUCUUAUUAUUGUGUUAAACCACGAUCACUCCAUAAUUAGUUAAUGAAAUAUAGGGUUUCAUCCACCUGUAGAAAAAGUCCAGCUUUUUCAUUUAUAAUGUGAUUAUUAUCUAAGUAACAGGACUAACUUUAUUAAGCUAAUAAGAAAUAUGUUAAAGAAACUAUCAACAACAUAUCCUCUGUGUCACUCAUGAUUUAUGUUCUUAAGAUUCACAUAAUGUAAUAAGUAUUUAGUUGUAUUAAAUAGACGUUAAGUGCUGUUAAAUUAGUCCGGUGGCCCCUGUGGAAACUUUUAGCCUGUGCAGUGUUAAAUGCACUCUCACUAACCUGUCAGUACAGAGCAUAUUUUGUGGGAUCAAAUCAUAUCAGACAAAACUGUAUUCCAGCACCAUUAUCACUGUGCAAAUAUAUCUUUCAAAGACACUUUUCCUUGUGUUUAGACCAAAUAUAUAUUCAGGGUCGCAAUUACUUGCCAUUAGUGUGUUACUAAAAUAACUGAAGUUGUAUUUUACUUAGGACCCAAGACAAUGUGAAAUGACUUCAUUUCUUUUGAGGCAGCUUCUGACACAUUCUUCUAUACAUAAGAUGUAUUAGAGUAUUACUCUGUAUUUUCACUGAUUGUAAACAAAGAGGCAGUAUUUUAGCUUUGAUAUCAUCCCCUUUUUUUCAAUAAACUUAUAUCAAAUAAAGAUCA